GAACCUGAAUGGGUAAAAGAAAGCGUGAUCGAAAAGGUUAUAGAAAAAUACAAACACAACAUACAACAAGACCAUAAGAUAAAAGAAAACAAUUUAAACAUAUUGAAGAAGUACUUUUCUUUUAAGGAUGAUAAAAUUGCUCUUCACAAAAAUAUAAAGAUAAGUAAAAGAAAAUAUGAACAACAUGAGCCAGUCCAGAAAAACGACAACUUUGUUCUUCCAGAUAACAAUGAUGAGGUUCCUAGUGAUUAUUCUAUUGUUGAUAAAGAUAAAAAAAAACAAAUAUUUAUUUGUAGUAGAACACAGUCCCAGCUAAACCAAUACUUUCAAGAGCUAAAAAAGAUAGAAAAAAAAAUGGGCGAGGAUUUUUCAAUAAAUAUGAUAAUCAUCGGGAGCAGAAAGCAUCUAUGCAUAAAUGAGGCGUUCCUUAAGAAGCAUAAAAAUAUUAACGAAUUAAACGACUGUUGUAAGAACAGUAAAUGUAAAUACAAAGAAAUAUAUAAAGAAAAGGUGGCUGAAAAAUGGAAAAAAAAAAAUGGGAAAAAAAAGAGAAUUUUUUAUGAUUCUUCUUCUAGUAGUAAUAAUUCAGAAAAUGAAGAUAUUGAAAAAAUAGAUAAUUAUAGUUUAAUAACAAAAUUAAUAAAUAACAAGAAUGUAGAUAUAGAAGAUAUUAAAGACAUAUGUAAGAAUGAACAUAUUGAAAUAUGUCCUUAUUACUUAAGUAAAGAGAAUAUAAAAAAUGCUGAUAUAAUAUUAUUACCAUAUAUAUGUAUAUUAAACGAAAAUAUAAGAAAUAAUUUAAAAAUUAAUAUAAAAAAUAAUAUUGUUAUAUUUGAUGAAUCACAAAAUAUUAUUGAGAAUAUUAAUAGUUGUAAUUCUGUAAGCAUAUCAAAUCAUCAUAUAUUGUUUUGUAAAAUAAUAUUAAAUGAAUAUAUUAAAAAAUAUAAAAAUGUUUUAAAUAAUAAUAAUAUAAUAAUGAUAAGACAAAUUAUUGUCUAUUGUAAUUUACUUUUAGAAAGUUUUACAUCUAUUCAACAAAAUUUAAUCAAUAUAAAUAAAUAUACAUUAUUAUCAAAGUUAGAUGUAUUAAAUUUAAAUAAUAUUUCAAAUUUUUUAAAUAAUUCUUUGUUUUGUAGGAAAAUUAAAAUCUUUACAGAAUCUUUAAUGUCUAAAUAUUUUAAAAAUAUUAAGAAAUAUCUACAUGCUUCUUUUCCUAUUUUUAAAACGAGUGCUAUAUAUAUAUUAAAUGAAUUUACCCAGAAACUUAUUAAAUCCAAUCUAUAUGAUUAUGUGUGUAUUAAUUAUAAUAAUAAUUAUUCUCCGACAAUAGAAUACUCUGAAAAUAAUCCCAUGAAUCAAAUAAAUCAUUCGACACACACCCUGAACGGAAACAAUUGUAAGCAUGAGCAAAAUAUAUUUUCCACCGAUUGUUAUAUUGAUAAAAUAAAAAAUAAAAAAAGAAUUAUGACAUCACAUAGUCCAACCCUUGUCGAUGGUCAGAAAAAUAAAUUACAAAAGGGUAAUCUUAACACAAAACAGGAGUUGUUUUUGAAUGAUUGGGAUGAUAGGAAGGAUCAAGAUGUCAACGAUCUAUUGUGUAAAAGAAGUAAUUGUAUAAAUAACACGCAAAAAUGUAAAAAUAAAAAUAUUAAUAUAAGUGUUGAUAAUUUUAUUAGUGAUGAUAAUUUUAUUAAUGAUGAUAAUUUUAUUAAUGAUGAUACAUACAAUAACCUGAAUAUAUUUUUUGAAGAAUUAUUUGUAAAAAAGAGAAAAGAUUUAUUUAAAGAAAUCGAAGUUAUAAGUGUUAGCUCUUGUAGUAACUUCCAAAGUAUUACAAAAGAUUGUAGUAAUGUUAUAUUGAUCGGUGGUACCUUAUAUCCAAUGGAAGAAUUUUUAUUACUUUUUUUAAAUUAUAAUAAAAAUAAGAUAAAGUUAUUUUCUUCUGAUUAUAUUUUUAAAAAACAAAAUAUAUUUGCUCGUAUUUUUUCAACAAAUUUAAUUAGUUCCGAUUUUAUCGAUAAUACAUAUAAAAAUAGACUAAAAAAGGAUCAUUUAUUAAACUUAGCUAUUUAUAUAUAUAUUAUAACAUUUAAUAUAUUAUAUGGUAAUAUAAUUUUCUUCCCUUCCUACAAUUUUUUAAAUGAUUUUUAUAACUUCUUAAAUAAUGAAGGAGAAUAUAUUUUUAAUAGAAUAAAAAAAAAAAAAUUUGUUUUCUUUGAAAAAAAAAAUGAUGAUGCCAUAGUAAAAAAUUAUUUGAAUAAUAUUGAGAAUAUUAAAAACAUAGAUCCAAAUCUAAGAAUACAAAAUGGAUGUAUUCUUUUUUGUGUUAUGAAUGGCAAAUUAAGUGAAGGGAUCAAUUUUUAUGAUGAUUUAUGUAGAAAUGUUGUAGUAGUAGGAAUUCCUUUUGUAAAACAUGACAAUGUUGUUGAUAAGAAUUUAUUAAGACUUAAAUAUUAUAGGGAAUAUACAAAGGAUAUAAUGAAAACUCAUGAUAAAAAUGAUACCUCCAAAAUAUUAAUAUAUGAUGAUGUUCAUAAAAUGUGCGAAUCGUAUGAAACUAAAUAUGCCAUGAAAAUUAUUAAUCAAUGUAUAGGAAGAAGUUUAAGACACGUUAACGAUUUUUCAUCUUUUUUCUUUCUAGAUUAUAGAUUUUCUAAAAAAGAAAUUUUCCAGAAUCUACCUUCUUUUAUUAAAACACACAUAAAUGAUAUCGACAAUAGAAUAUAUAAAAAUUAUGAUGAUACAGAAAAUAGUUAUAUAAAAAUUAAAGAACAUUUCCAAGACACAUAUCUAAAUAUUAAAAAUUUUUAUACAAAACAAUUUUCAUCCUCUGAUUUUAAUUUUAAGCUAAUUAGUGAGGAACUCAUAUCUAAUUUGGUAAAGGACUUAGACAUGUUAAAAAAAUUCCACGACACAAAAAAAUAA